CUUCCGCCUGUUGCAGCCUAUGGAAUCAACAGCAUCCUCUACCAGCGGGGCAUCUACCCCCCCGAGACCUUCACCCGCGUCCAGAAGUACGGGCUCACCCUCCUCGUCACCACCGACCCCGAGCUGAAGAACUACCUCAACAACGUGGUGGAGCAGAUGAAAGAGUGGCUGUACAAGUGCAUCGUGCAGCGCCUGGUGGUGGUCAUCUCCAGCAUCGAAAACAACGAGGUUCUGGAGCGGUGGCAGUUUGACAUAGAGUGUGACAAAACCGCGAAGGAUGAGAGUGCACCACGAGAAAAAUCUCAGAAAGCUAUUCAGGAUGAAAUUCGGUCUGUUAUCAGACAAAUAACUGCCACAGUAACUUUUCUGCCACUGUUGGAAACUGCCUGUGCCUUCGACUUGCUGAUAUACACAGAUAAAGAUUUGGCAGUGCCAGAGAAGUGGGAAGAGUCAGGACCACAAUUCAUAGCCAAUUCAGAAGAGGUUCGCCUUCGCUCCUUCACUACUACAAUCCACAAAGUAAAUAGUAUGGUGGCUUACAAAAAGGAUUCCUACCCCUAAGACACGGGGCAGUUUUGUACAUAACCUGUAACCUUGUAUAGUUUCUGUUCGUAGUGCAGCUAAGUCAUGAACACAUCCUUACUGUUGCUCUUGCUGAAGAAAAAAGGCGACGUGUUUGCCUACGAUAACGUGGUGUAACACUAGAUUAAGCUGGCAUUGUUUCCAAGAGGUCUAAAUAAUGUAUUCGUGAUAGU